AUGGCCCGUCGGUCUCGUAAAGCGAGAUGCAAGUCACAGUCAUCUAGCGACAGCGACCAAUCCGAGAGAGAAGGCACCGAAGACGGUGCAUCCGACACUGAUCUGACAGAACCUGAGGAUGAAUCAGAUGAAGCUUUCAACGCUGACGAUGCGAGCUUACUUUUCGCUGACAAUGAGUACACACCGGAGUACUACAUCCAACAGCUUCAAAACUUUGAUGAGACAGUCUACACACAGGAAGAUUAUGCCAAAGGCACCACCGUCCUUCUCGACCGCAUUGAACACAAAUGGUCCCAGUUAGUUCAGCUUUUCAUUUACCCCCCUCCUUGCUACUGGAGGGUCUUGGUCUCACUCAUGGUCUUACUAAUGGUCUCCCUAUUACCACUAAGAUUCUGCUAUUUCAUUCGGAAAGAUCCCAACGAGGAGUAUCAUCACUUAUCCAUCCCGAUCUUAUACAACUUUCUUGAAUGGGCACUUAAUUUGAGACGCGGUAAAAAUGGGAGAAGACUUCCAGGGAUCAAGUGCAAAAGCUCCUUGAACACGUUCUGGAAGGUGUUUCGGCUAGUUUACGAAAGGUCCAUUUCAAAGAAGAUCGGAAAUCAGAUGAACCGUCGGAUGCGUCGAGUAAUUCGACGUUUGGCUAAAAAGUACAAGUUGUCCAUCAAAGGACGAGACAAGCCUCCUAUGGAUGUUCAGGACCUUGCAAAAGUCGUGGAGACCACCGUCAGCACAACAAAGAAAAAGUUCGGACAUGGCCGCCACCGCAUAGAGCUCGGGCUUUUCUUGCAGCUCGCAGGGCUCACGACUAACCGUCCGCAAGCCAUCCUCGAUCUGCGAUAUCGUCACAUCCAAGUCAGUCUUCUCCGUGACCCGCAGGGUGGUCCACAUCGAAUUGUGAUUGAGUUUACUUUUGAGUUCACAAAGGAGUGGCUAGGUGCUAAAGAUGCAAACACUUACAUUCUCCCCGAAAUCAUCUUCGAUCCUUCGUUGGUUCUCAGUCCGCAUGUAUUCCUGUUAGGCCUUCUUUUUGCAGACCGUGCAUUUGACCGUGUUGAUGGCGAAGAGGUCCUGGUUCUUGCGAAUCAGCUUCCUCGGCUUCGAAUUCGUGACGAGUGUAACGAACUUCGGCUACAGAUUGACCCGGCAAUGGGUGACGUGCCAGUAUUUCGGAUGUCGGAACGGACUUUGAACGGGAUCGGCAUUUCACCCAACAAACCUCUCCCUUACUCAACCUUGGAACCAUGGGUCAAGAAGAUGGGCGUAAUUACAGGGAUUCGGCAAGUUACACGGCCCUACAGCUUACGCUAUGGAGCAGGCACAGCUUUAGACAAUAGUGGUUCCGUCAGCGACUCCCUCCGCAAUCUUGUGAUGCAUCACGCUGAUACACGGACAUUCUUGAAGUUCUACCUUAGUAGAAGAAUCUCUAAGAACCUGCCCGCCAUCAUUCGUGGCCUGGACCCAGAAGAAGAUAUAAUGCGCGCUGCUUGCCGAAUGAGCCGAACUAUCGACCCAGACCGCCCACAGGAGCUAACAACGGAACAAUCCUGCUCCGUGAAUCAAGAGCCGGAAAUCGUCCGCUUGAUGCACCAGCGCGAUGAGAUCAGACGAUCUCUAGAGCGUCCUUUGUCAAAACACAAAGGUACACCGGACUACGAUAUGUACAGGAAAUUGAAUCAGGAAUUGGCGGGAGCCAGGAAGCGCGCACAGGAUACACUUCUUGCGCAGAUUCAAAACAAGUAUGACCGAGAACAGCCUAUGCUAGAGAUCAAGCGCCAAUUGUCCGGGAUUGCGCCAGCUGAAUCCUCAAGUAAGCGGCUGAAGUGCUCCGUCGAGGUCCCUGUACCUCAACAGCGGUUGAUCAAGAGUCUUUUGACUCUGCCACGCCCAACGAUAGAGGAGGAGAUGGCUCGAAGAACCGAAGCUAUUGAUUCAGUGGCUGCUUAUUGUCAAUUUCAGGAGGGCGACACCUGCCGUUUACCGCGGAAUAAAAGAUUAGAAGACCCUGGGAAACAAGUCGAGAUCCAUGAUCAAGGCCAGCAGGAAAAGGAAAAGGCGGAUAGCGCCAUUCAACCAGAAACUCCCUUCGGACUUGCUCUUCGAUCUGCUAUGAAGGAUCAUCGACCCUUAUUUUGCUUUAUCUGUUUGGGCCAGCAAGACCUAGACCCUUCAAAACGUACUCAGAAAUUUUCCUCUCAUGGGGAUGUCACCAAACACAUCCAAAGGAAACAUCUGAAAAAAAUGAAGCCAAGCGAGACGAUUGCGUGCAACAUCUGCAAUGAAAAGUUCACAGAAAUCAUGCAUUUUCAGCGACAUGCCAAUGAUACCCACAAGACUGUAACGGGACCUCUGUGGUGCGCAGUUUCUAGUUGA